ACAAGGCAGGACAAAUUGACCAGACUGUCUUCCCUCACUGUAGCUACAGCUGACGGGGUUGAACUUUGUUCUUUCUCUAGCAGAAGAGGCAGUCGGUAGGUUGAUAAGUCACCCCUUACACUUCAACACAGAGAGAACAGGGAGAGGGAGGAGAAGGGAUGAACCAGAAGGAAAAGAAGCAGCGGUGCAACAAGAAUAAAAAGAAAUUUUAGGAUUUUCCUGGAUUAGUGCAACCAAUUCCGCCAAUUUGUAUUGAGGACGCCCUGCAGCUGCUGGUAUGUGGAUGGAAACCAAAAUAGAGACGAAGGAGGCCAGCAGGAGUUGUGCCAGCUUCAGUCGGCGUGUGUUGGACGGUGUGACGUUGUGCACCGGAGACAUGGAGCACUUGGAUAAAUAUAUGCAGGACAAGUCAUUUGUGCCGCAGCUGCUGGUGUGGGGGCUGAGAGGGGUAACCAGGGUGAUUCUGGCCAACAACCCGCUGAGCGGUGCUCUCAUCUUGGCCGCCCUGUACUGGGCUUCCCCCUGGCAAGGCCUGCUGGGGGCUCUGGGUGUACUGGCCUCGACGCUCACAGCUGUCAUCAUGGGACAGGACAGCGCUGAUGUUGCAGGAGGUCUUCACGGGUUUAACGGCGUGUUGGUGGCCCUGCUGAUGGGGGUGUUCAGCUCAGCAGGAGACUGGUACUGGUGGUUGCUGCUGCCUGUCUGCUUGGGCUCAGCUACAUGUGUUUUUCUGUCCAGCGGACUCUCUGCAUUUCUGGACCACUGGGACCUGCCGGCUUCUGUGUUUCCCUUCAACAUCGUUUUUAUCCUUUACCUCCUUUGUACCGGAACAGACAACCCAUAUUUUCCACACCACCCAGCUGUACCUCUGGGAGCUUUAGACCACAACGACACCACGCUUGUUGCGGUACAGGUGAUCCAUGGCAUCCCCCUCGGUGUGGGUCAGAUCUAUGCCUGUGGAGACCUCGGACCCUCCCUCCUCAUCCUGGGAGCCGUAGUGUUGUACUCCCCACUGCUGGCCGUCCACGCCGUCCUGGGAUCAGCGGUCGGGACAUUAACUGGGCUCUCCAUGGCAGUGCAUCAUGAAUCACUGUACUCAGGUCUGUCGGGGUUUAACGGAGCUCUGGGCUGCAUGGCUGUUGGAGGACUUUUCUUUACCUUCAACUGGAAGACGCACCUUUUUGCUGUUGCAAGCGCGUUUCUCUCUGCGUACGUCGACAUCGCCAUGAGCAACCUGAUGGGAACUGUCGGUCUCCCAGCAUGCAGCUGGGCGUCUACACUAGCAUCCACACUGAUGUUGCUGUUAACCGGCAGCUUAGCUACGUACCGCAUCCCCAUUGGUCAAGUGAAGGCUCCUGAAAGCAACCUGCGCCACCGCAGCCAAUGGGAGGCUGGGACCACGGAGGACAGGGAGAGCACAGAUGUGUAAAUAUAGUCUCUUAUUUUAGUAGUUUUUUUAAUAUAAAAUUACCUUUUUUAUAUAGAAAAUAUUCAAUUGUUGUAGGUUUUAAAGUGAAAACUGCAUAAAUAUUUGUAAAAAGCUGCCACUGCAUCAUUUGUCCUCUGAUUGGCAGUGCAGGUUCAAUAAUUAAAUAUUGAGCGCUGAGGAAAAGAAAACUUUUGUUAUUUUUAUUCAAGAAUUUCUGUUUAUGAAGAAUCAUCACUAGUUUUGACUAAAACAAACGAACAAAAAAACAGGCAGCUGAAAGGGGAAAGAAAAGUUCUUUUAAUAAACAUGAAAAUCAACAAGUUAGUUCAAAAACAUUGCUUUAGAGUGACAGUUCUUACUGUUACUUAAAAAUAAAAAAACAGACUGAAUUCUUCAUUUUAGUUUUUUUUAUUUGUUACCCUGCAUAGACGUGCUGCGCUGCACUGAACCGUUUGUUACAAAACAGAAACAAUUAUCUGCUGCUUCAACCAGGAGUUAAAAUAAAACCUGUUAGUGUCAUUAGUGGUGAACAGAAUGUUACGAUUGUUGGCCUCAGAAUUAAAAGUUCAUUUUGUCUCCGUUUUUCACAGUGGUUCAUGUUGACUGUUUAAAUCCCCCCUGCUGUUUUCUACAACACACUUGCCUAAAAUUACACACAUUUCUAAUCACAACACAGAAACACCCCCAUCUUUACCCCGAAACAUGUUAUUUUUUUUUCUUCAAAAGUGCCGUGACGUUUUGGAAUGGAGAAACAUUUUUUAGACUUUGCUUCACAUCGUGCAUUUCUUUUUUUAUUCUUUUUUUUUGGUCUAAGUGAUCUCCAAACUUAACUUUAUUAUUUAUUAUUAUUGAUAUUAAGCACCUUAAAGAAAAACGUCAUUGAGACUUUCAAAAUUAAUCGUACAAAAGUGCCUUUCAAUCUGAUUAAGCAUAUUU